AUGGGCGCCUCGACGCUCAAAGUCCCGAUGGCCCUCCACGCCGAGACACGCGCCAAGCUCGUCGACUACUACCGCGCCCACUUCCAUGCCAAGGAAAACACGGAUGCUGUUGUGCUGCUCGAGGGCGGAAAGCUCCAGCACCAGUACGACACGGAUCGCGAAAUGCUCUUCCGCCAAGAGAGCUUCUUCAUGUACCUCUUUGGUGUGACCGAUCCGGAUUGCUACGCUGCUCUGGACAUUCGCUCGGGCGAGUCCACGCUCUUUGUGCCGGAGCUCGACCCGAGCUACGCCAUCUGGGAGGGCGUCAUCCAUCCGCAAGAGUACUUCCGCAUCAAGUACGAAGUGACCCACGUUCGCUUUGUGAACGAGCUCAAAUGGUGGUUUGGGCUACGCAACCCUGAACACGGCGUUCAUGUCCUGACUGGCGUCAACUCGGACAGCAAAUCAGUUGUGCCGCCGGCCAACUUUGAUGGUCUUUCCGAGUUCAAGGUCGACUCGUCCUUCCUGCACGCCGCCCUCAGCGAAUGCCGUCUCAUCAAGACCCCGAAAGAAAUCGAGGUCAUGCGCUAUGUCAACAAAGUGAGCUCGGACGCCCAUGCUCGCGUGAUGGCCGCCUGCCGCCCUGGCAUGAUGGAGUACCAGCUGGAAAGCCUCUUCUUGCACGAGACCUACUCGAUGGGCGGUUGCCGCUUUGCUGCAUACAACUGCAUCUGCGGCGCUGGCCACAGCGGUGCUACGCUGCACUACGGUCAAAACUCGAAG